AUGGAAAAUAACAAACAACAAACGUUUAAAUCGUCGAAUAUGACAGAUUCACGUAGAAAAUCAAUACGCCACCGAUCAGCACCCAUAAGAAAAUGGCAAAGAGAUGAAGAACGAGUCUUAAUUGAUUUCUUAUCAAAUACUAUAAAAGAUUUUGAGAAACCAACAGCCCAGAUAUAUUAUCGUAAAUUUAUGGCAGAGAGUAAAAUCGAAAAUAUUGAAUGGAAGUUAAUACGUUCUAAAGUACGAAAUAUGCGUAUGGUGCAUAUGAAAGCAAGGCGUUGGAAGGAAUCGGCGGCAGAAGCAAACAACUUGAGUGAUGCGGAUGUUAAGGAUAACCUAUUAAGAAUGUGUUAUUUUUAUGACGAAUUUGAAAAUCUCUUUGGUGGUGAUACAAAUAAAUGUGAAGAAUCACCCUCAACGGCCGAUGAGUCGAUAAAUAAUGAUUUUAUAAAAGAAGAAAUGGAACUAAAUGACAUCAGUGAUAAUCUUGAACUACGUGUAUCAUCCGAAGGUGAUAAUAUGCUACCAGAACCGGAAAUAACUCUUCAAAAUGAAGAUGAGCAAAAUGAAGAUAACCAUCAUCAACAACAUCAUAAUAAAUCAUCGAAUAGUUAUAAUGAUUUUGACGAUGCUGAAAAUUACGAUGAGAUGAAAAUCCCAUUAAAUUAUAUCAACUAUUCACUAAGGGAAAAAGAAUUGAAGUUACAACGUGAUCGUUUGGAAUUUGAAAAGGAAAAACUACGGCAAGAGAUGAUAAUACGGCAAAAAGAAAUCGAAAGCCAGGAACGUUUGAAAAUAUUGGAACUGGAAAUGAAAGAGAGAAUUGCAAUGUGUGAUAUUAAAAUGAAAGAGAAUGUAGCCCUGAAGGCAUUAGAUAAAAAAUUUGAUUGUAAUGAAUUGUGA